AUGAAGACCUCCGCUAUUCUUCCCAUCCUCGCCGGACUGGCCAGCGCUAGCCCUGUCGACCUUGAAGAGCGACAAAGCUGCCCGGGUGUCUACGUCUUCGGUGCGCGUGAGACUACCGCCCCUGCGGGAUACGGUACAUCUGCUGGCCUUGUAAAUCAGGUCGUUGCCGCUUACUCUGGAGCUCAGUCCGCGGCCAUCAGCUACCCAGCUUGCGGUGGCCAGUCAAGCUGCGGCGGCGUGAGCUAUGACAACUCGGCGACUCAAGGCACAGCUGCCGUCGUCUCGGCUGUCAACAGCCUGAACUCGAGAUGCCCCAGCACCAAAAUCGUCCUCGUCGGCUACUCCCAGGGAGGACAGAUCAUGGACAACGCCUUGUGCGGCGGUGCUGGCGCCACUCUGACCGGCAAUGCGCUGGCCGCUGUCAAAGCCGCCAUCUUCAUGGGUGACCCACACUACGUCUACGGCCUCUCCUACGAUGUUGGAACUUGCCGAGCUGGCGGUUUCGCCGCCCGUCCCAGUGGUUAUCAGUGCUCUCCCGGAAAUGGUGCCAUUAUCCAGUCUUAUUGCGACUCGCAGGACCCCUACUGCUGCAAUGGAAACGACGCAAACCACCACCAACAGUACGUCAGCAUCUAUGGCUCUCAAGCUUUGACCUUCAUCAAGAGCAAGCUUGGCUAG